CAUUUUUAUAUUUUGAAGUUUAAAGUUAGGUUUUAAAAUAUUUCGAAAAUACACUUCUUAUUCAAACAAACUGCCAUGAGAUAUUCUGCUCUUUGGCGUUCUGUGGGCGCCAUGAGCUGCGGCUCAUUGAUCACCUACUUGACCCUUCGGCUGCUGGAUGGCCAGAAGUCCUCGAUUUUUCCGAGUGGAGAGGAAGGAGAGGCUAAGAGGGAGUUGAGUGGCGCCUGGCUGCAUCAUUGGGAUCUCCGCAAGCCGCAGCUGCAAAAGGUGUCGAAUGGCGCGGAGUCGUCGGCCCUGCGACACAUUAUCCUGGUGCGACAUGGCGAGUACACGAAGACCCUGAACGGAAGCCACCUCACGGAGCUGGGUCGUCGGCAGGCGGAGAGGACGGGCCAAAGGUUGCGGGAAAUGGACCUGAGCUGGGACCAUGUGGUGGCCUCCACAAUGCCGCGGGCCGAGGAGACGGCCAUGAUCAUCCUGAAGCAGCUCAACCUCGAUCCCCUGAAGAUGAAGCGCUGCACCUUGCUGCCCGAGGGCACUCCCCAUCCGGGCGAUCCGCCCGCCAAGAGGAGUGCCCGCAGCCUGGAGCUGGCCUACCGGCGCGAUGGCCCGCGGAUCGAGGCCGCCUUCAGGCGGUACUUCUUCAGGGCCAGUCCGGAGCAGGAGCACGACUCCUAUCUGCUCAUCGUGGGCCACUCGAAUGUGAUCCGCUAUCUGAUCCUGCGGGCCCUGCAACUGCCGCCGGCUGCCUGGACGCGGCUCAACCUGAACCACGGCUCCAUCACCUGGCUAACUGUGUGGCCCUCGGGCUAUGUGACCUUGCGCUGCCUCGGCGACUCCGGCUUCAUGCCCGUGACCGAGCUGACCCAUCGAAGGCCGUCGUCGCCGGCUUAAUGAGACCAUAACUAGCUCAUGAUUAAAGCUCUACUCCCGGACUCGUCUUGGGCACGGACCAGUUCAUUUGGCAGCACGAGUGGGAACGUGACUUCCGGCACAUUUUGUUGCAACUGGUGCCAAAACCACUUUAACUUUGGCCAAAAUCACUUGGCCAGCACACAGCAGCCAGCUGCAUUUGCAUCCGCAUUCACAUUUACAGUCACAGUCGCAGUCACAUUCAUGUGAACAUCCACAUCCACAUCCAGUGGCCACAAUGCCAGCGGUUUUGGGGGGCUGUCACACCCAGUGCGGUCAUGCCGCCCACUUUUUGGCCAACCGGCAGUUGGCACAUUUGCGCUACUCUUUCGGGAUUGUCUCUGCUCAUUAGUGCGGCUUUAAUUUUGGUUAUUGCGCCUGUCCCAUGUUGUUCGGUUUUGGUUUCUGGUCUCGGUUCUCGGUUCUCGGUUCCCCGCCUUUGCUUUUGGCCAUCGGCGACUUUGUUGUUGCCGCUUUGCCGCUG